UCUCUCUCUCUCUCUCUCUCUCUCCCCCCCCCCCUUUUCGCGGAGGGAGAACACAAGCCCCGAAUACCGUAACCCUUGGUGACGGUUACCUGCCCUUAUUUCCCCCACUCGCCGCAUUCCGUCUCUAUAAGAGGGAGAACCCAGUGUCAGUCCCCCGACCCAAGCUACAGAAAAAGAAAAGGAGAGACGCCGCGAUGGGUUCCGAGGGAUCGCGGGUGGUUGUUCCUAGAAACUUUAGAUUGCUGGAAGAGCUUGAGAGAGGCGAGAAAGGUAUCGGUGAUGGAACCGUGAGCUAUGGAAUGGAUGAUCCUGAUGACAUCUAUAUGCGUUCCUGGACUGGGACAAUUAUUGGUCCACACAAUACUGUUCACGAGGGACGGAUAUAUCAGUUGAAGCUAUUCUGUGACAAAGACUAUCCAGAUAAUCCACCAACUGUGCGAUUCCAGACUCGUAUAAACAUGACAUGUGUAAAUCAGGAAACUGGAGUGGUUGAGCCGAGCCUCUUUCCAAUGCUUGCACGCUGGCGAAGGGAAUACACGAUGGAGGACAUACUAGUCAAUUUGAAGAAAGAAAUGUCGGCUCCUCAGAACCGGAAGCUUUACCAGCCUCCGGAAGGCAACGAUGACCAGAGGGUGGAGCAGAAGGGUUUGGUUCUCAGGUGCUGUAUCCUUUAAGUGAAAGAGAUGAAUGCAGUGAUGUAAAUAUCAUCUGGUUAAGAUUGAGGGCGUCGCGAAAAGGCACCCUAAAUUGGCACUGUUUGCAAGCCAGUGCCAAACCUGUGAAGUUGGAGCUGUAAUCCUGUUUCUAUAACUAGUAAAUAAGUUAUAUGCUCCAGUUGCUAUUAGCAAUGAUGCUCCUGCGUAUAUGGUACUUUUGAGUGCAGAAGGCAUACGAGCUUCAAAUUAGCCGUUAAGGUAUUCUUAUGUCUUGACUUUGACCUUUGUCAGAGAACAGUGCAAUGAAGGUGCAAUAAAAAAUAGUGCUAAGAGACCUAUUUAUUAUGUUUUCUCAUUUUUCUUUGUUUUUGUAAAGUAAAUGUUUGCCUCGGGUGAUCAAUUAUACUAUUGAAAAUAUAUUCAACAACAUGUUGAUUAAACUA